UGCUGGGCCGGGCGGUGGCGGCGGCGGCGGCGGCAUGGCGGAGAGCGAGGCCGAGACCCCCAGCACGCCGGGCGAGUUCGAGAGCAAGUACUUCGAGUUCCACGGCGUGCGGCUACCGCCCUUCUGCCGCGGGAAGAUGGAGGAGAUCGCCAACUUCCCGGUGCGGCCCAGCGACGUGUGGAUCGUCACCUACCCCAAGUCCGGCACCAGCUUGCUGCAGGAGGUGGUCUAUUUGGUGAGCCAGGGGGCCGACCCCGAUGAGAUCGGCCUGAUGAAUAUCGACGAGCAGCUCCCGGUCCUGGAGUACCCGCAGCCGGGCCUGGACAUCAUCAAGGAACUGACGUCCCCCCGCCUCAUCAAAAGCCACCUCCCUUACCGCUUCCUGCCCUCAGACCUCCACAGCGGCGACUCCAAGGUCAUAUACAUGGCCCGGAACCCCAAGGACCUGGUGGUGUCCUAUUACCAGUUCCACCGCUCCCUCCGGACCAUGAGCUACCGAGGCACGUUCCAGGAGUUCUGCCGGAGGUUCAUGAACGACAAGUUGGGCUACGGCUCCUGGUUUGAGCACGUGCAGGAGUUCUGGGAGCACCGUAUGGACUCGAACGUGCUUUUCCUCAAGUACGAAGACAUGCACCGGGACCUGGUGACCAUGGUGGAGCAGCUGGCCCGGUUCCUGGGGGUGUCGUGUGACAAGGCCCAGCUGGAGUCCCUGAUCGAGCACUGCCACCAGCUGGUGGACCAGUGCUGCAACGCCGAGGCCCUGCCUGUGGGCCGGGCAUAUUGCCUCUUUGCUCAGAAGACCUCCUUGCGUUGGUGAGAAUGCAGGGGCUUGAGUAGCCAGCUGCAUUGCUUAGAUUUGAUUCAUAUCACAGCAUAAAUUGCACUGUCUUGAUUCCAAAUCCUAAACCAGGUGGGUGACUCCUUUGAUGAGCUCUCAGCUGCCUCAGCUGGGAAAAAUAAUCAUGGAAAAAUAUAUUUGUGGUGUGAUUGGUCUAGAAGCUUUUAGUUUUGUCCCUUAGGUAUCAUUAGAGGGUAGCAAGAACAGUCUCUCUUGUUUUUCCUCUCCAACGCUGACGUAUAAUUUUUCAUCACCGAAGAGAAAACCCUUGUCACUUUGGAUCUAUUAGCUCAGCAUUUGCAGGGUUGCAGUUUCGUAUGUGAGGUCCUGCCGGGACAAGGACGACUGUUAAUAACAGAGCUAACGAAGGAUGUUUGCUGGAGACGGUCAGAGCUCUGAUCUCAGAGAUGCUGACGGUGAACAGAAUACGAAACGGGCAUUUCAGUCCCCCGAGGCGGCUAUAUAAAAGCACAGCCCCGGCUCUCCGGAUGACGCGUUCACAGCUCCUGUAGGUGGGAGGGCGGGACCCCCACUUGUGACAUCUUCACGGUCGCCAUUCAUAUGUGACCAGAACAGCUGAAGAUUUUGUAGUUAAGGCAAGUGGGUUCAGCAGUUUUCGUCAUUUUGAGCGCUCUCUUCCCUCCGUAAAGGGAUGGGUAGGCCCAUGCCUGCACGUCAGCUGCACUCUCCAGGCUCCCUCGCGUCUGCCAGGAGGAGGUCUCAUUUUCUGACCGAGCCUCGCUGAGCUGUGGCUGUGACGGAGUGGCUGGGGGGCCCGGGACUUGUUUUGAUGUUGAGUUGGGAGCUCUGACUGUUUUUCUCCCUUUAAACUCCUGACGAUGCACGGGCAGCCUUCCCGAAAUCUUCACCCUUGACCUGGUCAGGCGGCUUCCUGCUCACCAGAAAAUGUUCUACCUUUUUGGAUGAUUUUUUUUUUUUUUUUUCCUUUUAAAAUUCUCCAGAAGCAAAUCGUGCCUUGGUGGAGCUGUUGAGCCGUGAGUGAGUAGUGGUGCCACGAGGACCCAGAGCCACGCGGUGCCCGGAGCCGCAGAUCUGUUCCACAGACUCUGUCUGUCCUCUGGGGUGUUGUGACCCCCCCGCUUCGUGCCUGGUGCUGGGGAUUCAGCGGCGGAUGGGCAGGGCCCGCGGCUCUGCACGUUUGUGGUGCUGGGCGGUCAGGGAAGAGGGUUCAGCUGGUCUGUAGUUCACAUGGGCCGUCCUGCCCCAAUAGGCCAGGUGCACGGGGGUCCGGGAGUAGAUCUGGAACCUUCCAGAUCCAUUUCCUGGGGUUUGGUAGCUGGCCUGACAGCAAGUGAAUUCAGCACAUUCUGCUCGUUUGUGUUUUAGGACGAGUCGGGCUGUGGAAGGACAUCUUCACUGUCUCCAUGAACGAGAAGUUCGAUUUGGUGUAUAAACAGAAGAUGGGAAAGUGUGACCUCACGUUCGACUU